UCCUCAUCAUUUGUUGGAAAUCCUCAAAUUGAAGAAGAGAAUGAGGAUGAUAAAGACAAUUCUAGCAGUAUAGCUAGUUUCAGGGGUGGGAUUUAAACAGAAGCUGACAUGUCGUAUUCAAGUGAUGAUGAAUGAGAACUCAAAGAUAAAGAAACAGUAUCAGUCUCGGAAAGUAUAGCUGAAAAUGUUGCUGUUUGUGAUCCCGUGGAUGAUUGCAAUGGAGAUGAUAGUCUUCAUACUCUUGAGGAAGAAAAGGAGUUGGAAGAAGAACCUGAAUCAGUUAAGUCCGAAACAGAAGAUUUGAUUCCUGUUACCGUCCCUGAUGAUGUCAAUAUUCAUGAAAGUUCCACAGGACGAUUGGGGAUGUUUUAUCACUCGAAUCGAAUCAUGUUUAUUCCAACAGAAGAAAAGGAGUUGGAAGAAGAACCUGAAUCAGUUAAGUCAGAAACAGAAGAUUUGAUUCCUGUUACCGUCCCUGAUGAUGUCAAUAUUCAUGAAAGUAAGGUUCUUUCUACUUGUGACGACAUAGAAUUAGAUAACAACAAAGAUAAUGAUCUCUCUACUAUGGAGGAACAUGCUGAAAAUGGGUUGGUGAUCAACGAGUCUGCUAUUGCUCAAAGUUCUCUUGAAUCUGCUGAAAAGAUGUUGAGUGAGCGAUCAAUUGUAUCUCCAGAAUUAGACUCCAUGCCAUCUGACUCUUAUAAUAACUCAGAAAUACAAUUUCUUGAAAGAGUAGAUAACACUGGGAUUGCAUAUCAUGUCGUUAAUCCAUGUGAAGAUAUGGAAUCGUCUGAAUCUGUGGAACAGAAGGAAUCAAGUGAGGAGUCAGUGGUCCCCAACCAUGAUAACUCUUCGGAAUUUCGGAUCUGAUGACCCCAACCAUGAAGAUUAGAAGGAAGCAAGUUUUGGAACUAUAUAACGACCCUAUGGAUGAUUUUUACAAGUUUAGUAUGUUUAGUAUGAGCAUUGCUAUUUUUUCCUACGUAUCAGCCUGAAUAUCGACCUAGGUGACUUAUUCUAUGCAUUUAAAAUAUCGGCCCGCUUACCUAUACUCACUAAAUGAAUGCCACUUACACGUAGGAGAAUUUGUAUCUUGUUCAUCACAUCAUUUGUUAGGGCAUUUCAUAUAUCUGUAUAAGAAA